CGAUAUACGACGACGACGACGAUGAUGAUAUGCAGGGAGAGGAGAAUGUUGGCAGUGGCUGUUGCUACGUGUAAAGUAGUGAUAGUACUUGGAGCUCUGCUGCUGCAGAUUGCUCAAUCUCAAUCACCGGUUGAGCGGUCGGACCACAAGUGCGGCCAAUACCCCGACGGCACAUGGGCUCAAUGCGGCCCGGGACGAUGUUGCAGUACCAAAUUCUACUGCGGCGACAAUUGGGAGCACUGUGACGGUAUUUAUUGUUGGUACCAGUGUCAUAAGGUUCCUUAUCCUCCGGCAGGAGGAGGAGUACUCAUCGCACCUCUUCUACUUAACGAUACGCUUCAUAACCGCUAUUUGAAUGGUGAUCAUGAUGAUAAUGAUGAUCUCGUGGAAGUGCGGCCCGCCAAUGCUUCUUCUUCUUCUUCUUCUUCUUCUUUCUCGUCACCGUUAUCGUGUGCAGCUUCUCUCUCCCGCUUGCCUCUAGCUUCUCGUCACAAGUAUCCUUUUGCUGCUCUACCUGCUCCGCGGCCUCAAAACAAUGCUACUGUUACUCACUGCGGACGUUGUUUGAAGGUCACAAGUUUUGGAGUAAAUGCAUAAUAUAAGCUAGUCUACUAUUUUCUUGCCAUAGAUAUCAUCAAUAUAUAUUAGUUAGAAAUAUUAACCGGCAGGUAACCAAAAAAAUAAAAGCAGAGUUCCAUACGAAAAAAACGCUAAUCACUUGCUGAACGGAAAAAACGCUAAUCACUUGCUCGAUAUAAUUUUCCGGAUCACUGUUCAUCUUGGUGAAUUUUUCCCUGUGGGAGGCCCAUGGUAUCUCCCGUAGUCCUUUCUGCAGCAAACCAAGUAAUUAAUAUGCUAAAAUCCAUCCGCCCAAGAGCCGAAGAAAUAGACGCUUCAAUUUCAC